AUGCAGGACACGGGCUUCCAGGUUGCAGAAAGGUUGCAAAAAAGGAUAUGUGCGCUCUGCCCCAAAGACCUCAAGUGUAGUGUCCUGUACUUUGCACAGUCAGAUAAUAUAGCUGCUCAUGAAAACUGUUUGCUGUAUUCCUUGGCACUUGUGGAAUGUGAGGACCAUGACCCACAUAAUAAUGAUAGAAAUUUUGACGUGGAAUCAGUAAAGAAAGAAAUCAAGAGAGGAAGGAAGUUGAAAUACAUGCUUUGUGAGAAAACAGGAGACACGGUGGGAUGUGACUUAAAAUCCUGUUUCAAGAAUUACCACUUUUUCUGUGCCAAGAAUGACCACACAGUUCUACAAGCUGAUGAACUUAAAGGAGUUUAUAAAGAGUUUUGCCAACAACAUGCUGACCCUCAAAAUGAUCUACUACAAGCCUACUUUUCAGGAGUGAAAACAAAAAGAGGAAAGAGAAAACCUCUCUCAACAGGCAAUCACGUACAGCCACCUGAAAGAAUGGCACUGAAUAAGGAAAUGGACGGCAGACACACAGGUGCAAUUGUGAGAGCUGCUUUUAUUAAGAAAUGUAAAGAAGCAGGACUUCUUGGUGAUUUACUUGAAGAAAUAUUAGACAAACUUCAUUUGAUUCAGGAAAGAUUCAUGGAUGAUAGUACUUCAGAAUCAAAUGACAAAAUCGGUACUUCACUUUUUGACUGGAGAUUGUUUGAAGACACACUUGCACAUUUUCAAGCAGCAAUAGAGAAUCAAAUUCGUGAAUCUAAAGAGAGGUGGCGGCAGCUGAAGAAAGAGAUUGAGCUACUCCCGGACUUAAACCUGGUACUCCCAGCUUCAGUCAAGUUCCACUUCAGAUUCUUCUCUGUCUUCUUAAGAAGGACCAUUUCCUAA